CACUGCCAAGCGACUUUGACCGACUCAGUAUAACAGGGCCUGAUCAUGGUCUUGGUGGCAAGCUUUGUGAAUCCAGUGCUUUUUACCCUGCCCAUGGGCUUCAAGGUUUACACCUAUGGCCUGUUCAUUGCCGCGGCUUUGGCCUCCUGCGUGGUGGUAGUCGAGUCUGAGUUGCGAAGAUUGAAGAUCCCGGCAGAUGGGGCCCUGAUGAUGCUGGCCUUUAUCCCAGGCUUUGGCAUAGGAUCCAAGGUGCACCUUCUCGUCUCGGCUUUGGCAGUUGGUGGCUCCGUGCCCAACAUGUCGCUUGAAACAGGCCAUAGUUUCAUGGGCUCUGCUGUUGGGGGCCUCUUGACGGCCGCUGCUUAUGGCUAUUGGUGCGGCCUAAGGCCUAUGCCAUUGCUGGACAUUAUCACUCCACUAGUGCCCCUAGGCCAUGCGGUUGGCAAGAUCGGCUGCUUUUUGUCGGGCGAUGGCUGCUAUGGGCCACCCAGCGACGUCUCAUGGGCAGUGGCCUUCCCAAACGGACUAGUUCCAACGAGAACUGCCGUUCAUCCGACGCCGUUGUAUGAGGCUACCCUCUCCAUGGUGCUCUUCUUGCUGCUGCACUUCCUGGUUUUUCUCCCGGUGACGGGCGGAAACAAACGACGAGUAGGCGUUCGCAGCGCCCUGACUCUCUCGCUUUAUGGCUUGGAACGGAUGGUCAUCGAACCCUUUCGAAGGCAUCCACCCAGCGACUACCUUUUUGGGCUCACAGAGUACCAGUUUCUGGCUGUGAUCUUCAUCUUGAUUGGGGCUGUGCUGUACUCCAUCGGCGGCUCAAUGGAUCCUUGGCCCCUGAACUUUGACAAGGAAGACAGCAAAGCAGAGAAAGCCUCAGAGAAGAAGAGCGACUGAGUGGAGCGUGAUGGAGCGCAAUGCUUCAGAAAUCCUGGGCUGCAAAGAUGAAUGUUG